GCUAAUUGGAGUGCCUGUCAUGAGUAAAUUAUUAGGAAUGAAGGACGUUUUCAUUAUAGUGGUUGGAGCGAUAGCGCACGCAUCUGGGAGAAUAGUAUUUGUUUUAGCGAACCGGCCGGAAUUAUUUUACGUAGGUGCCGUUGUCGCUGCGUUAGGUCCAGUAGUAGCUCCGGUACUUAGGUCUAUGACCUCGAAACUUGUGCCUGUGGAGGAGCGAGGAAAGGUAUUCGCGAUGCUUGCCGUAUGCGAUAACGCAGUCCCGUUAUUUAGCGGGACUUUAUAUUCCCAGAUUUAUAACGCCACAAUAAAAACAGCACCGAACUCUUUUUAUUGGCUGACAGUCGCCACGCAGAUCACCGUGCUUCUGCUAAUUUUGUAAGUGAUUUGCAAUUUUCUUAG